GGAAUGUCUUUAACGCGUACCGUGACAAACAAUUGGACAAAAUCGCGGUAAUGGACAAUGAUUACUUCUCUAUAGACGCCAUUCUAGCUGAGAAUCAGAAAAUACAAUGCACGUUCAAGGUGGACAUUCCUGACAUGGGCCAUCUUGGAGGAGGAUCUGAACGCGAUAUCAAAAGUCUUGCUAAAGUUCCAAUACCAAUUUGGUUGGCCUACAUUGUUCUGUAUUCAGACUGGGCAGACUUUAGCAUCCCUACGCCAUUUGGUGCCAGAGUUAGGAAUGCACUUAAAGCUGAAUCACGUAGCGUCAAGCUUUCGGGACUCGUGGGUGCAGGCGGACUAUGGUAUGGGUUCGGAAAGAUGAUCAUGGACAUAUUAAGCGAUGAACAAGCUAAUGAGAUAUCAGAAGUCUUGACAAAGACGUUCCGAGGUCGACUAACUGAGGUCGUUGAUCAAGCACAACAUUUUGCUGCCUUAGGUCCUUCUGGGGGAGGUUCUUCGGGUGAUACGUCUCUUUCCUUCAGGGAGGGUCUUGAUAGCACCGAGAGGGAAUUAUUUGCAUUAGCCCAAGCAAGCACAAAGAGGACAAAACGGUGGUACGAGGGAAAUAAUAGGACACGUCGUUAGAAAAGGAGUCGAAAACAAAAUAAGAUGACGGAUAUAACUACAAAUUGUAGAUCUUACCUGUAAUAAUUGGCCACCACUGCUCCCACUAUUGCUCUUUCUCCUU